AAGGGGAGGGGGAGAGACGAAUCGAGGACGAGGGAGGUUCGAGGUCGACCUUGUGCGCUCGCGGGAUACAGUGAGGAGGACUCGGGACGUGCGGCGAGGGGAGAGGCGCCCUCGGGACACAGCGAAGGAACACCCGAAAGCGACGUUUUCGAGGGAGAUGUCAUUUCGGUGUCAUUACACGUGAUGCGGAGGGAAGGCCAGAACAGUACACUCUUGGUAACCAGUGACUCAUUACUGUGAUAUAUGUGUAAGAGAAAAGAAAUAUUUAUGUGUGACUGCGGUUGUUCUAUGUGUACUUGUGUGUCGUGUGUGUGAAGAGAUACUUAAGAAAAAGGAAAAGAAACAGGUCGAGGUUGAGUGCAUUGAGUUUUCCCGGUGUGGGAGAGUGAAUAUCAGUAAAGCCAUAAGAUUGUUUUAAGUAAUAUGAAUAAAGACCAGAGUUGCGGCGGCAGAAUGGUGCGUUGGUUCAGACUCUCGUCCAGCGGCAGCGGCAACUACUUGGUUCGAGUGCGUGCUCAGGUGAUGAUGCGUGAUGACAGCACUGGGGGUUGGCUGCCCAUGGGUGGGGGUGGCCUCUCCAAUGUGUCUGUCCGGAAGCGUGUCACCCAACCCGACCUUGACGACUCCAAACAUGAGUAUCUUAUCUAUGGGAAGAGAUUAUCCGAUCAAUCAGUAGUGUUGAGUUGUACAAUAAAGAAAGAUUUUGAAUACAACAAAGUCAUGCCUACCUUUCACCACUGGAAGACAGGAGACAAAAAGUUCGGACUAACCUUUCAAACGGCCGCCGAUGCUCGAGCAUUUGACAAAGGCGUACGAAUGGCGGUUGAAGAUCUAUUAGAAGAUGUCGGUGAUGAUAACGUUUUCAUGGCGGUGAAUCUUCCGGUGGAUAGAGAUGGGUCACGGACGAACUCGUCUGGGUCGGUCACCACCUGCGGCAGCAGCCGUCACACACCCACCGCUACUCCCCUCCCCACCCCAGACCAUCCCCCCCACUACCCCUACCACCACCACCACCAUCACCACUACCCACCACCAGGAGGUGGAGUGGGGGGGAUCGGAAGCGCAGGGGGAACGGCUAUAUCAACAACAAACACUUCUCCAAGCUCCACCAUUUCCAACCUUGCCAUCACCACGGUCGGGAUGCAGCCCCAGUCACACAGCCACUCCCACGCCAACCACCUGCACCGCAUCACCUUCCCCUCCCGGCCCCGGCCUCCAUUACCACAGAACAACAACCCCCUCGACAAGCCCCUUGAUCUGGAUGGCGACCACAAGGCGGGUAGCCCUCCAGACAUGCCCCAAGACCAGGACAAGAUCGAGGUCACAGGAGACACGUACUCCUACGUGCAGUGCACGAUGCACCAUGAAUACAGCUACCCGGUGGUGGAGGGCAUCAAGGCAGAGAAAAGAGAUAGUAUAGCAUCCCUGAAAAAGCAGCAGCAACUCGAGCUUGCCGGGGCGACGCACCCUCAGCCAUGUCCUCCAACGAAUCAUGGCAAGAGGCCGCGAAAGAGAGACCGCAGAGGCAGAAAGUUCAUCAAGGCCCGCUGUCGGCACUGUCAGGAAACCUUUACAUAUGAUAAAAAUUCCCGGGGCAGCUGCGAAUACGCACCAGACUGUGUACGUACAGCCAUUGAUACACUUACAUGCAUCUCUUGUGCGCACGGUAUGUUAUAUCAUUGCAUGAGUGAUGCAGAAGGUGACUUUGCUCACCGUCCAUGUGAAUGUGGGGGUCCUGGAGGCACGACGGAUGAGUUGUGCGGGCGACGGUGGCUCGGAUUAACCUUGUUAUCCUUAUUGGUGCCGUGCUUGUGGUGCUACAUACCGCUGCGAGCAUGUCACCGAUGCGCUGUCGCCUGCAGAUUGUGUGGUGGCCGACAUGAGGCCUCCUGACUCACCGCCCCCACACAUGCCCAAGAGGAUGAGGAAGAAGAUGAUGACGAUGACGAGGAGGAAGAUACGGUUUUCACUGUAACUGGAAGCCCCACACUGCUCUCCCCACAACAGUGGUGUGAUCAGGGGAGCAGUUCCCAGCAGUCGGGCGUCGGAAUGGGCAUGCAUGUGGAGAAAAACCAAACCAGUUAAUACUGAUCCAAGCUUUGUAGCCAGUCAGCUGUUGUGGCAGGGACAACAAUGACAGUUAGUGGUGUGUGAAAAGAGUGUAAGGGUGCUACCAGCACAACUAUGAUUGUCAAACAACCAACUAGAAAGGAAAGGAAGAAUGGAAUUGUGUGAUAAAAGGAGUGUGAAUGAAACCACUUUUGAUAAAGUGGAUAGAAAGGACACAACAGUUUGAGUGUUCUAUGUACCUGAUGGCCACACUCCGGCCUCAGAGUGUGUGUGCACGUGUGCGUGAGUGUGCACUGCACACACACUGCCGUACAUGGCCAGUUCUCAACUCUUGCAUUUGGAAACCCUUGUUCAUCUAUAUGUGAGCUGCUCAUUUAAUGGCAGGUCCGUCCGCCUUGGCCUAUUUAAUAAUCUAAAGGGAUCCCAAUUUUUCGAGGGCUCAGGAGAAAUUGUGACGCCCUUUGGAAUUGCUGUGACUUUUUGUAUGCUUUUAAUUAUUAUUGUGAUAGAUGUUCUAUAUAUUGAUAGCUUUAGCUGGCCAAGACGGACAGGCAGCCAAGGCAGCUGGACUGUCACGUGUCACAUAAUAACUACGUGAAGUUCUCACUUGCGUUUGCCUUACAUACCGACACUUUUGUGUUUAGUCUUUUGGCAAUUAUCAGCGUCGUCUUCAGCGUUGUGUAAGCCGGACAACUUUUUCAAGGGUUUCCUUGUCAUUUUAGGUGCUAUAGCACAAAUCAUGGAUUUUCCUUUUUUUUAAGUGAAUGAUUAUUCAAAAAAAUAUUAUUCAGUUGUGUUGCAGUCAAAAGAACAGUUUUCUACACAACUUUAUAUAUAAACAUGUGUAAGGCAGUUGCACUGUGAAACAUGAAAUACAAGGUGAAGUUUGGCUUCUUAAAAAAUCAAACUUAAGGUAAUGAUGUAACUACAUAAUGUAGUUUUCCAAUAAUAAAAGACUAAACCUCCAAAUUGCAUUCAUGUAAGUAACACAGGUAGCAUUAUGAAUCACUGCCCUGUGGAAAAAAAAGUCUUGUAAUUACCAUAGUCACAAUUAUCAUGAAUAUUGAUGAUAACAACCCCUCUUAAUUAUGAUUACACCCAAAAAGGAGGCCAAGAUCUUGUUAAAAAAAAAAAAUAAACAUUUUUGUGUACAACCUAGAUGGUGGCCCAGUCGGCGCAGAGAUCGCAGCCGGCGGAGAGCGCGGACAUUUUUGUUUUUUGUUUUUGUUUUUUCUCACCACCGCCUUCACCAGCAAGGAAGCGCUUGGGAAGGAGGUUGGACAUAGCCGCGCCCUCUUCUGCCGUCUGCGGCCUGGACCGAGAUAGAUGUUUUGGUAGCGGUAAUCUUGGGGAGCAGCCAGGUCAUACGUCACCUAACAGAAGUCCUGGGGUCAGCCUGAGGCUCCAGAUAUAAAGAUAUAUAUUAAAAAAAAAGAAAAGAAUGAAUAGAGGGAGAAAAGAAAAAGAAAGGAAGAGUACCUUAAUUCUGUGGUAAAGAGGUGAUGACCCCAACCCACUUCGAGUGCGGCGCAACGACCUGGCGCAUGUCAGCUCCCCGAUACUUCCGUUGUUCAUGCCACCCCCUAGUCACGAACAAAAUUGCAACCAAUGUCAGCAGUCUAAUAUCGUUUGUUUUAUUUGCAACAAUUUUAAGCAGAAAGUCACAAAAGUUUGUGGUUUCAUUUUACCUUUUUCUUGAAGAAGAAUGAAAACAAAACCAAAAAUUUAAAAAAAGAGAAGAACUUUGUUACUCCCAGGAAAAUUAUUGAUAUAUAUAUAUUUUUUUCUUCCUCUGUUUUUCAGUUUUCACUCAUUGUUUCCAGUGAAUGAUUUAAGUGACUAAGUAAUUAUCCUUGUGUAAACUUUUUGUCUAUUGAUGAUUUCAUUAUAAUUGUCAAGUAUAGGAUGUAACAAGAAUGAUUUUAUGAACAAUAAUGACAACCAAAGACAUAUCCAUUA